AGAUGGCGGAGAGUUAAUAGUGGGAAAAAAGAAACUGGUGUGCUGAAAGGAAUACAUUGAAUUUGUUGAAGGGGAGCCCAGAGGACAGUUAGGACCAGGCUGGCCCCGAGCAGGAUAAGAGCAGAAUCCUUUUCCUGCUUUGUCUGAGGAUGUGAAGCUGAAUGAGGCUUUAUUUCGUCAUUCUACACAGCUGAAGAGGUGCUGAUAUGUGUACAAGAUGAGUGGACUGGGAGACAACUCCUUGGAGCCGCUGUGCUCUGACCGGAAACGCAAGCUCUCCACCUGCGACACACCCGGGCUUGGGUGCGACAAGAGACGGAGGGAGCAGGAGAGCAAGUACAUCGAGGAGCUGGCCGAGCUGAUCUCGGCCAACCUCAGCGACAUCGACAGCUUCAACGUCAAGCCGGACAAGUGCGCCAUCCUUAAGGAGACGGUGCGGCAGAUCCGACAAAUUAAGGAGCAAGGGAAAGCCUCCUCAAACGAUGAUGAUGUUCAGAAGGCUGAUGUGUCCUCCACGGGUCAGGGGGUCAUCGACAAGGACCAUCUGGGGCCACUUCUGCUGCAGGCCCUGGAUGGCUUCCUGUUCGUGGUCAACCGGGACGGCAGCAUCGUGUUCGUGUCAGACAACGUGACGCAGUACCUGCAGUACAAGCAGGAGGAGCUGAUCAACACCAGCGUCUACAACAUCCUCCAUGAGGAUGACCGGGAGGAGUUCCACAAGAACCUGCCCAAGUCCAACAUGAACGGUGUGUCCUGGGGUGGCGAGGCACCCAGACAGAAGAGCCACACCUUCAACUGCCGCAUGCUGGUAAAGUACUGCCAUGGUGCUGCUGAGGAGGGAGCCGGCAGCCCACGGUAUGAGACCAUGCAGUGCUUCGCCCUCACCCAACCCAAAGCCAUGAUGGAGGAGGGAGAAGACCUGCAGUCCUGCAUGAUCUGUGUGGCUCGCCGUGUCACCGCAGUGGAGAGGACUGAGAGCUUCAACACCAGACAUGAGCUCUCAGGCAAGCUGAUCCAGAUCGACCACAACUCCCUGCGGGCGUCCAUGCGCCCAGGCUGGGAGGACCUCUGGCGCAGGUGCAUCCAAAUGUUCCUCCACCACAGUGAGGGCCAGCCAUGGUCGCACAGGCGCCAUUACCACGAAGCCUUCCUGCAGGGUCAUGCAGAGACUCCUCUGUACCGCUUCUCGCUGUCUGAUGGAACCCCAGUCACAGCGCAAACCAAAAGCAAACUGUACCGCCACCCGAUGACCAACGAGCCUCAGGGCUUCAUAUCCACGCACCUGCUGCAGAGGGAGCAGAAUGGAUAUCGCACCAACCAAGCCGGAAUGAUGCAGGGUGGCAUGAGGCCACAGGGAAUGGGGAACUCCAACCCCAACGCCCAGAUGAACAUGCCGCCUGGCGGAGGGAUGGGCAUGGGCAUGAACCGGAACUACGGCAUGAACGAGCAGGGCCACAUGGGCCAGAUGGGCAACUCCAUGUACAGCGGUGGCAACAGGAUGAUGCAGAUGAAUCAAAUGAAUCAAAUGAACCAGAUGAAUCAAAUGAACCAGAUGAAUCAGAUGAAUCCAAUGAAUCAGAUGAAUCAGAUGAAUCAGAUGAAUCAAAUGAAUCAGUUGAACCAGAUGAAUCAGAUGAACCAGAUGAACCACCCAGGCCCUGGCAUGCAACAGCAGCAGCAGCAGCAACAGCCACCCCCAUUCCAAGGCGGGGCCUACGGACUGGGCAUGAACAGUCCUUCGCAGGGCAGCCCGGGCAUGAAUGUCCCCCAGCAAAACCUCAUGAUGUCUCCCAGGACACGUGGGAGCCCCAAGAUGGGUGCCAGCCAGUUCUCGCCAGGAGGUAUGCCCUCUCCGAUGGGCCCGGGCAGCGCUGGGGGGGCAGGGGGUGGAGGGAGCGGUCCUGGAGGAGGCAGCUCUUUCUCCAGCAGCUCUCUCAAUGCCCUGCAAGCCAUCAGCGAAGGAGUGGGCAACUCCCUGUCCUCCACACUGACCUCACCAGUGCACAAACCUGACAGUUCUCCCAGCAUCAACUCCUCACAGCAACAGCAACAGCAGCAGCAACAACAACAGCAACAACAGCAGCAGCAGCAGCAACAGCAGCAACAGCAGCAGCAGCCCCAGUGUAAGCCAGGCCACGGGGAUUCCAAGAGCCCCUACAGUGCAGGAGGGGAUCACCACCAUCACAUGCACCAUCACCACCACACCCCGUCCGCCGACAACAGUGGGGAGAGGCCCGACAGCCAGGCCGGCCUACACGGCAGCAAGGAGGGCGGCGAGGCGGCCGCCGCGGGCCCAACCAGCAGCGAGCCCCACAGGCGGGUGCCUGAAACCAAGGGGCACAAAAAGCUGCUGCAGCUCCUCACCUCCCCCACAGAAGAGCUCUGCCACGGGGCGGGCAGUGGGCCCCCCGGCCCCCCGGCUGGCGUCACCACCCCCACGGGGAUGGACACCAAGGGCCCGGGGGGCUGCGUCACCAGCCCCUCCUCCACAGGUGUCUCCUCCUCCUCUUCCUCCGCUUCUGCUGGGGCGGGGCAGACCUCCGGGGGCGUGUCCUCCUCGGCAGCAGCCGCCCACUACACAGCCUCCCUGCAGGAGAAGCACAAGAUCCUCCACAAGCUGCUGCAGAACGGGAACACCCCGGACGAGGUGGCCAAGAUCACCGCCGAGGCCACUGGGAAGGCCCCGAGCCAGCCCCACGAGCCCAUGGGGGGUGGGGGCGGGGGGCCGGCGGGGACCGGUGCAGCAGACAUGAAGCAGGAGCAGCAUAGCCCCAAGAAGGAGAAGACCCACGCGCUGCUGCACUACCUGCUCAACAAGGAUGACUCCAAAGAGGCCGCCGACAUCAAGCCAAAGCUGGAGGAGCUGGAGGGGAAGGGCGGGCCGGGAGCCUGCAGCAGCUCCGGCAUCAUGGCCUCCACCCCUGAGAAUGUGGAGAGCAAGAUCAAGACCGAGCCAGCGGACGAGCUGCAAACCCUGGAGACCAUCCUAGGAGGCCUGAGAAAUUCUGGCCCUGGUUUUUACCCUGAGCCUGGGGCAGGAGAGGGAAACGACGCGGGCAACAAGCAACAGAACUGCCCUGAAGACAACGUGCAGGGCAUGGCCCCUGUCCCGCGUGCUCCCUUCCAGAGGGCGAUGUCUGUGGAUGGGAAGCCCCCAGCCGGCACAGGAGUGGCGGGACGGCGCAGCGCCCCCUGCCCCGUGCUCAUCAAGCAGGAGAGCAUGGAUAGCCAGCGCAUGAUGGGGGGACCCGACAACUUCCCCGGCAAUAUGGGAAUGAUGAACAGGGGGAUGGGAGUCCCUCAGCGCCCGCCGAUGGGAGCUUCAGGUGACUGGGGGAUGCCGAGGUCGAGUGGCAGUCCGGUGGGACCAGCGGGACACCCCUCCAUGAUCCGCCCCGGGAUGGACUACAACUCCAAGGGCAUGAUGGGAGGGCCCAUGAUCAGCAGGUCGAACAGCGUGCCUGGCAACCGGUCAAUGCUGCAGCAGCAACUGAUGGAUAUGGGAUCAAACGACAUGAGCAUGGGCAUGAGCCCCUUCGGCCAGCAGGGACCACCCAGUGGGUCUCCGUCCUGGUCAGACAGCGUGAUGGGAAUGGAGAGCAGCCAAAACAGACCACAGUUUGCGAACACGUUAGACGAGCUGCUAGCGCCCCCCUCCACCAGUGAGGGGCAGAGCGAUGAACGUGCCCUUCUGGACCAGCUGGACUCUUUGCUCAACAACACAGACGUGAUUGCGCUGGAAGAGAUUGACCGUGCGUUGGGCAUCCCGGACCUCGUCAGCCAGGGUCAGGGUGGGGAACAGCCUACAGAGAACUUCCCUGGGCAGGACCCCUCCAUGGUGAUGGACCAGAAGUCCAUGUACAGCCAGGGUUACCCGGGCCCGCCUGGCAUGGCCAUGCAGCCAGCCUACAACAGCGGCCCCAUGCAGGGCCAGCCAGGCAGCUUCAACCCCAUGAUGAACCAGAUGGGCCCGCAAGGCAACUUCCCCAUGGGGGGCAUGCACCCCCGUGCCAACAUGAGGCCCCGCAUGAUGAACGCCACCAAGCCGCUGAGACUGCAGCUGCAGCAGAGACUGCAGGGCCAGCAGUUCAUGAACCAGAGUCGUCAGGGCAACGCCGCCGGGGGCAACCCUGUGCUUCGGCCGGGCAUGCAGCCUGGGAUGGGCGGACAGCCCGGCUUCCUGAACGCCCAGAUGAUGGCCCAGAGGAGCAGAGAGAUCAUGAACCUGCAGCUGAGGAGGCAGAGGAUGAUGAUGCUGAUGCAGCAGCAGCAGCAGCAGCAGCAGGCCGCAGCAGCGGGGGGGUUCAGCCCCCCUCCCAAUGUCACCGCCCCCGCUGGGAUGGACAACCCCAUGGGCGGCCCUCCGAUGAACCAACCAGGACAGCAGCAGUUUGCUUAUGGGGGUAACUAUGGGAUGAACCAGCAGGGUGACCCCUCAUUUGUCCGCUCAGCCGGCAGCCCCCCAAAUGCAAUGAUGUCUGGGCGCCUGGGCCCACCUCAGAAUCCCAUGAUGCAACAGCACCCCCAGGGUGGCCCCAUGUACCAGACGGCAGACAUGAAGGGCUGGUCACAGGGCGGCAUGUCCCGAAACAACUCCUACCCGCAGCAGCAGUUUGCUCAGCAAGGGAACCCGGGCUCGUACGGGGGCAUGAUGAUGAACGGGUCCAUGCCGGUCAACGGCAGCGGGGGCCACAUGGGCCAGAUGCCGGGGCAGAUGGGCAUGAACCCCAUGGGCAUGGGGCGGAUGCCGAUGGGACCCGAUCAGAAGUAUUGCUGAACUAGGAGUGGAGCUGCCUGUGGGCGAACGGAGACUCACUGUGAACCCUGUCGAGAAGCGCGUGCUCGGUGUGUGAGCACGCGGGCUGACUCACUGCGCCCGUUUUAAAAGACUGAGCCCUGCUCUGCCGGCGCCCGGUCCAGUCUGUGCCGUUUCUUCCCGGAGGUCGUGCGUCUUGCUGAGGCGUGGCGGGUGGGGGGGUGGUAGGGGUUGGGGUUUGGGACCGAGGCAACGACUAUAUAUGUAAAUGUGAGAUGGACUGUGACACACACGCGCACACACACGCUCUCUCACGCGCACAUACCCUGUGCGUGUGUGUGGUUUUUCAUCUUCAAUCUUCAGAAUUCUAUUUAUCUAGUUUUGUGGGGGUCUUGUAUCUGGGCUGUGCGUCUUUUCCCGUUGGAGGUACCUUCACUUGCCUGACCAAAUGGAAACUGGUCUCAUCCCACAACACGUGGAAAGGUCGCCUCAUGUAGAAUGUACAUCAUGCAGUAUUUAGCCUUCCAUGUGGGAACACUCACUUGCUUUGAAACAUGAUGGUUUAAGGUACUACGCAAAACGAUUUAGUUGCGGUUGCACUUUAUGGAAAGUCUGAUAUUGAAAGGAUUGUUGCAAUAUUUCUUGGUCAUUAUAGCCUUAGUCAAGAAUUAAUGCACACAACAAACCUUGUCAUUUUCUCUUUCUUUUUUUUUUUUAACCAGGGACCCAUUUAAAUUGAAAAAAAGGUUAUAAUUGAAAAGAAGUAAGCACAGAUAUGUCUAUAUUAUGCAGAUUUAAGCAAUAAUCUCCUCUAUGCUUUAGGCUGAAAUUGACAUGGAAGCAUCCUCAACUCAAAGCAAAGGUACUGCAGUAUUAGAUGUGAUGUCACACAUUUUGAAUCUUGUCUGUGAAUAUGAAUUGUAAAUAUGCUUAAAAUGUAUUAUAUGCUUUUGUAGGUUACAUACCAUUUUUGCACAGAUUGUAAGGCUUAAUAUUUAAAGUAUAAUUUUCUUAUUCUGUGUCUUGUAGGUCAAUACAGCUUUUUUCCCAAUAUUUCAGUUGGGGGAGGAAAAGGAGGUGGGCCCUCUGUCAUCAGUGCUCAUAUUUGAAACCAUUUUUGAAAAGCUGAAACAGCCAGACCAUUCAGUUCUUUAAGAGAGGCACUUUUUAUUUCUGAUAUUAGAAUCAUGAAAUUCUUUUGUUUCUAGGAAGGUAGCUCAAAUGCUGAUUUGAUAGUGUGAGCUUCUACUUUUAAAUUAAAUUUUAGUAUAGCAGACAUUUUGAUAACGUUUCUCAGCCUUACAGGUGGGGGGGGAAAGAGGAGCAUGCACAGGAUAUGGCCACAGCUGUGGGGAAUGGGGGACCUCCUGCUACUUUCUGCCAAUCGUGUGGGCUUGAGGUUGUGUGCAGGAGACGGUUUUCAGAAGUUCCUUGCACACGAACCAGAUGAUUUUCUGUGACAUGCUGAGAAUGCUGUUUUCACCCCAAAGGCUGUGCCCAAGACUCCUCUAAACAUAGGCCCUGCCUCGUACUUUAGUGGUCCUGACCAAGAUAACCCGCUGUCUGUCACAAGCGGCUGCAACCUAGACCUUUAACACUGAAAAAUAGCAUCAAAAUUGAAGCUAGUGCCCCGUCUUUGGACCACCGCGGCCACACUUCACAAUAUCUGUGAGAAGCUAGGGCGCUGAAGCAGGGCUCUGAACAUAGUCUUGUGUGUGAGUGCUUUACUUAGUUUGGGACAGAUUCUGAGACUUGCUCUCAUUUAGCUUCUUGGUGGUGCUGAAAUGUACUGGGAUGCAGAGAGGGGCAAGAAAGGCUAGCGGGUGGGAUGGGAGAUGUUUCAUAUAUUUAAUCAGUCUCCUACCUUAAUUAGUCUUUGUUAAGGCCGUUUUGGGUUAUUUUAUUUCCUUUACAUUUCAUUUUGUUUUGCCUUUCUUGACUCUUGAUACUCUUCAAGAGGUCUACCUUGUAAGACAUGCGCAAUCCAAAGAUUUUUGUUUUUCUCCUGUGCUUCACACAGUUUCUGGUAUUGAUAGUCUGCAUGUGUUUGUGAUUGCGUAUAGUUAUGUACGCACACAGACACAUACAAUUCAUAUAUUAUUUUAUAUAUUGUACGAUACAGCGUAGAAUAACUUUUUCCUCCUCUGCAACGGCAAUUUUUCUUUCCUUUAAAUGAAUGGCCAGUGGAGAAGCCUCUUGCAGUGUUGCGGAGAGUGGUUGUUAGGGAGACACUUUGAUAAGGUUGAACCCUGUGUCUGUGUAUCAGUAGCUGCAGUGAAAUUUGAACUGUCAUGGGGGAACCAGAGCUAAAUGUUAACCCCGCUGUUAUAACGACACCAGAAUUGGAAGUGUUAGAGAUUGUGACUAUCUGUCUAAAUUCAUAUUUGAUUUUUUUUUUUGAAGGUGAGUGAUGGUAAGGACUGAGUUUGCUUCUGUUAUUUCAUGAAAUGAAGCCAAGAGUGGAUUUUUUUAUUAUUCUUAAUGAAGUAAAUUUUAAAAAAGAAAUGCAUACUUAAAAUCCAG